UAUAGUUUGAAACAAUAUACACAACUGACCCACGAUUUUAGCAGCCUGUCGGUCGAUUGCGCCAAACAGUCUGACUUGAGAUUUCUCCCGAUGCACUAGCACACGAUAGAUAGUGCCGCCGAAGAUCGAAUCUACAUUUAUUUUUAAUUGAGCACCUGAACUGAUCGCGAUUGAAUUGCUAAACCGUCGUAAUCAGCGAUGGAAAUGCAAGAAAAUCACGCUGUGAGCGUUGUUCAAAUCUCGACGACAAAUGAAGGCCAGGACAAGCUGAAGCGUGGCGCCGAUAUUAACUAUGGGAUAGACGACAUUCCACCGUGGUUUUUGUGCAUUUUUAUGGCACUUCAGCACUACCUCACGAUGAUUGGAGCGAUUGUGUCAAUACCGUUUAUUCUCACACCGGCGUUGUGUAUGGAAGAUGAGGACCCAUCUCGUGGAAUCAUAAUUUCUACAAUGAUAUUUGUAACCGGAAUCGUAACGUACAUACAAGCCACCUGGGGAUGCCGUCUGCCUAUUGUCCAAGGAGGGACCAUUUCCUUUCUGGUGCCAACACUAGCCAUUCUAAAUUUACCCCAGUGGAAGUGUCCGGCAGAAUCCGUAAUGGCAACUCUGGAUGCGGAGGCUAAAACGGAGUUGUGGCAGGUGCGAAUGCGCGAGUUAUCCGGAGCGAUUGCCGUGUCUGCCUUGUUUCAAGUGUUCAUCGGAUACAGUGGUUUAGUAGGGAAGCUGCUUAAGGUUAUCACCCCGCUUACUAUUGUUCCAACUGUUUCGCUAGUCGGACUGACAUUGUUCUCCCAUGCCAGCGAGACAGCUUCAAAGCACUGGGGAAUCGCUGUCGGAACCAUUGUUCUCAUGACUUUAUUUUCACAAGCAAUGACCGGUGUAACAGUACCAACCCUGAAAUACCGAAAAGGUCACGGUUUGCAGAUUGGAUGGUUUCCUCUAUUCAAGCUGUUCCCAGUCUUGUUGACCAUACUGAUUAUGUGGUCUCUGUGCGGCGUACUGACGGCUACCAAUGUUUUCCCCAGUGGCCAUCCAGCUCGGACGGACGUUCGGAUCCGAGUGCUUGAAGACGCAGCGUGGUUCCGUGUGCCGUACCCGGGACAGUUUGGAAUUCCAACGGUAACUCUAGCGGGUGUGCUGGGGAUGUUGGCAGGAGUUCUAGCAUGUACCGUAGAAUCCAUAAGCUACUACCCAACGGUAUCCCAGAUGUGUGGAGCGCCACCUCCUCCACUUCAUGCCAUCAAUCGAGGAAUAGCAACGGAAGGUCUUGGCACAGUCCUCGCCGGUCUUUGGGGAUCCGGUAACGGAACCAAUACGUUCGGAGAAAACGUCGGAGCCAUUGGAGUUACAAAAGUGGGCAGCCGUCGGGUAAUUCAAUGGGCAGCAAUCAUAAUGAUCUUUCAGGGAGUUUUGAACAAGUUUGGCGCAGCAUUCAUAAUGAUUCCUGAUCCCGUAGUCGGUGGUAUAUUCUGCGUCAUGUUUGGAAUGAUAGCUGCCUUUGGCCUCUCUGCUCUACAGUACGUCGACCUUCGUUCCGCAAGAAAUUUAUACAUUCUAGGAUUAUCGAUAUUUUUCCCACUAGUGCUGUGCUUGUGGCUCAAAGAUCAUCCCACAUUUAUUCAGACUGGGAACGAAACCGUCGACUCCACGCUGUCUGUUUUAUUAGGCACCAGUAUUCUUGUUGGGGGCGUUCUGGGUUGUAUACUAGACAACUUGAUUCCAGGAACCCCCGAAGAGAGAGGUUUGGUAGCCUGGAGUAAGGAAAUGGCACUUAAAGUGGACGGAGAACAAACGGGUGUCCCGAGCACUUUUGACUUUCCUUACGGAAUGUCUUUUCUUAAAAGGUGUAAAUGGACUAAAUAUGUACCCUUUCUACCAACAUACAAGAUGGAAUUAUAAAAAACGUCAUUUAUUCUCUAAAAAAACGUUUGCUUCUAACUGCAUUACCGACUGGGCUGAUUUGGGAUGUUGCUUUGUCGAUGUUGCUCUGCAGAGGAGUGUGCUGUUGUGGUGAUGGUCCUGAGCCCGUGUCCGCACGGCUAAGUGAGACGUAAUUUCCAAGUGCGACUUCAAAACAUCUUGUGUUUACUGUUUCAAACUUGGCUAAAAUACAUCAAUUUUGUUCUUGGUCA